UUUCUCUGUUUUUGCGAUUUAUCUUUUUGGAUCCUAAUUGGAUUUGAUCUUGCUCUUUCAAUUGGCUGCUUUGUGUUUUCAUAAUUUUUCGUUUUUUAUUUUAAUUUGCCCAAGAUAAUUCAUGAUUUGUUUUGUCUUGAUUGAAUUUUGGUUCUAAGUUAGGGUUUGGUUUAGGGGGGGAUUAGGUUCAAAUUGGUUGGUGAUUCGGUGUUGAUCGUGGAUUUCAUGCCAUCUGCCAUGUUUGACUUGUGAUUUAAAUCGGUUUUGCAAAUUGGAACCCAGUUUUUCCUCAAUUACUUGUGGGUUUUCUUUCAGUUUCUUGAUUCCAGUUGGUUCUAAUUUCUGUAUUUCUUGGUGAUUGAAUGGGGGUACAAUUGGAAUGUUCUACAAUUGCCAUGAUUGUUAAUGAAUGCUCCCCCUGUUUGUUCUUGAAUCUUGAGGAUUUGCAGGCUAGGAGGGUAUGGGGUUGAUACUGUUGUGUGAGAUUUUGUUAUUUUAUGAUAUGUCUAUGUCUAUAUCAGAUACUUGCAAACCACUGUUAUAUUGGUUUUGACUUGAUAUUUGAUAAGUGGCUAAAGAAACAUACAUGAUACCCUGUGUUGUGAUCCAUCUUCGAGCCGGUUUGAUUUACCGUUAGAAAGUAUGGAAACGGGAAAAUGACACGUCCCGAGACACUUUUUGUUGAAGUAGAUAGAACUCUUCUCUUAAUAGUAUUUAUUGCUACUUUCAAAAAUUUGAAGGGUAGUUAGGACAGGUAUCCUCAAUGGUAAUGUGACCGCGAUUGUACUUGAUAGGAAGAAAUCCUGCCUAUUCGUUAACACCAUUUUUUUUGUGGCUUUUAUAAUUGCCGAUAGGUGUGUUACCUUGGCCUUGUGUCCUUGAACUGCAAAUCUUCAAACCCGGUCCUAAAAAUACAUGGUCAUUUCUUCAAUUUUUCUGUCCCUAGGCAACAAAACCAACACGCAGUAUAGGAAGAUAACUAUAGCUAGCAGUUAAUGAUAUCUCCUGAUAGUUGCUUCCGUACCAAUAAUGCAUUGAAGUCUUUGUGUUGUUUCUUAUUUUCUAUCUUGCUUAGUCUUCCUGUUAAUUUUACUCCAAUUAUUAGAUAAGAUCUCACUUCCUCAUCGCUCCGAUUUAUAAUGUCUGAAGAACUAUGUGGAUUGUGGAGUUUUUUUAUUACGAGUCAAAUCCAUUCGCACUCUCUUCUUAUUUGAAUUACACCAACAUGAAUGAGAUUAGUUGGUUAUGUAAUUCAUCUAUAUUAACAUCCAAGAUUGUAGGCAAUUCACCAUUGGACAUCUAAGAAUAGCAAGCCCUCCCCAAUAUCUCAUACAAAGAAUGAACCAGUUUGAUUGAAAUGUCCUUAUUUAUCUGUUUCUAUGUUUUAUUUCUAACUGCUUGUUUCUAGAUUUUAAAUUUAAUUUGACGUUGAAGUUUAUUGGGUUGAGAUAUUGUUUUGCUAAACAUGCUUUUUUUGUCUUUCUUUUUGGUGAUAUACUUGCAGACUGAGGCUUGUUGGUGAUUCUGUUGUACUAGAAGUGUCUGUUAGUUAUACAUUUGUGCAUUGGUUCAUUAUUUAUGACAUACUUUGGAGCAUUGCAUGAGUGAUUGUCCUGUGAUUCUUUUGUGAAAUCAACUAAAGGUCCUAUACUUACAAACUGAGACUCAGAAGCAUCCAGUAGGGAAUAUAGCUAGAGCUUAUUUUCUUGAGUUAACACUUUGCGAGGAAGAUGGCUGGUGUUAAGCGAAGAUUAUGUAGUGAUUCCGAUACCCAUGCUCUUCACAAAGAAUUGGAUGAAGUAUCAUGUCCUAUCUGCAUGGACCAUCCACAUAAUGCUGUUCUUCUCCAUUGCAGCUCUUAUGAGAAGGGCUGCAGAUCAUACAUUUGUGAUACAAGUUAUAGGCAUUCAAAUUGCCUGGAUCGAUUCAAAAAAAUGAGGGACAAUUCUAAUGAGAACCCAAACUUACCCAGUUCUUUAGUAAACACAAACAACUCUGGUAAUAGUUUUGAUAUUAAUCUUACUAUGCAAUCUGACAUGCAUGAUGUUAAUGAACUCCGCCAAAAUGAAAUUAAUACUCUAUUGUAUGUUGGACUUCCACAAGGAUCAAGACAGGGUGAUGCCCAAGAUCCAAGUACACAUUUAGACCCACAUGAUGAAGGCAUUUUAGAAACUGCUGAUUCUGAGACCUUGCAGGACAGGGCUGUGCUUGGGGAUUUAGAUGUAGAUAAUUCAUCUGAGUCGAAAUUGAGCUUGAAAUGUCCUCUAUGUCGAGGCACCGUAUUGGGCUGGGAGGUGAUUGAAGAGGCUAGAAACUAUCUGAAUAUGAAGAAAAGAAGCUGCUCAAGGGACUCAUGCUCAUUUGCUGGUGAUUAUCUGGAAUUGCGUAGGCAUGCAAGGAGAGUUCAUCCUACUUCCCGUCCCUCUAAUGUUGAUCCCACGAGAGAAAGAGCCUGGCACAAUUUUGAGCGCCAGAGAGAAGUAGGGGAUAUUGUGAGUGCUAUUCAGUCUUCCAUGCCGGGAGCUGUGCUAGUUGGGGAUUAUGUUCUUGAGAAUGGAGACGGGCGCGAUGGAGACGUGAGCAAUGCUGCUAAUGGGCCUUGGUUAACCACCACCAUCUUAUUUCAGUUGAUGGAUAGUAAUAGUACCAUUGAAAUUGUUAGGGAACCAAGAGCAGCUCAUUCACGUCCAUGGCGAAGGCAUCGCCGUUCAUCUGACCGUCGCCGCUAUCUUUGGGGUGAGAAUUUGUUGGGUCUUCAUGGUUAUAAUAAUGAUGAUAAUGAUGAUCUACGUAUAUUUAGCGAUGCUGGUGAAGAUGCAUCUACUGUGCCAAGGAGGCGUCGGCGCUUGACAAGGACAAGGUCCAAUGAAGGCCAACCAUGAUGGUUACUGUCAAUUAUCUGAAUUGUUUGAACACAUGCUGAACUUGGUGGAAGUUGUGUGGAACAUGCUUUCAGGACUAUGAAGCUUUGGACCCUGUAGUGUGUGCUGAAACAGCAAGUUCAGAAUAAAUCAUGGUCUUGGGAACAAUAAACUUCUGGGUUUGGAAUUAAUGUGAUGGCAUUAAGCCUUGGGAACACUAAACUUCUGGGUGAUUUGGCUGGUUGUUGCAUAGUCAUAUUGGUAUUAUGUAUAAUUGUAUAAACAUACAGUGUAUGUAUCUUUUAAAUUGCUGUUUCUUCUAUGCAUGUAAAUAUUGUGUGACAUUUGUGGCUCAUUUAACUCUAUUUACUAGGAUGUUUUCACAUAA